AUGGAUACAUCACAGCCAGAAAACAAAGACUACAACCUACAGGAACCCAUAGUCUCAACCACCGGACUCCGACAAGGGCUAACCUCCUACGGAGACGCGCACUUCUCCCUCUUCCUCCGCAAGGUAUUCAUCAAAGCCCUAGGCUACUCUGAGGAUGCUCUAUCCCGUCCAAUUAUUGGAAUCAUUAACACGGGCUCCGGGUUUAACCCGUGCCAUGGGAAUACACCUCAAUUAAUCGAGGCUGCUAAGCGCGGCAUCCAUCUGAAUGGCGGGAUAGCUAUUGACUUCCCUACUAUCAGCUUGCAUGAAGGGUUCUCGCAUCCCACGAGCAUGUUCCUGCGCAAUCUCAUGAGUAUGGAUACGGAGGAGAUGAUCCGCGCGCAGCCUGUGGAUGCUUGUAUAAUGAUUGGAGGUUGUGACAAGACUGUCCCAGCGCAGAUAAUGGGAGGGAUCUCAGCAAAUAAACCCGUCUUGCCGCUCCUGACAGGGCCUAUGAUGCCAGGAAGCCACCGAGGGAAACGGAUUGGGGCCUGCACUGACUGCAGAAACAACUGGGCCUCGUACCGCGCAGGAACUAUAGACGUGGAAGAAAUAGCUGCCAUCAACGAGGAGCUUGCACCUACUAUCGGAACCUGCGGCGUCAUGGGAACCGCCAGCACAAUGGCCUGCAUCACUGCAGCCCUAGGGCUCAUCCCGCUGCAAGGCGCCUCCGCACCAGCAGUCUCCGCCGCAAGACUCCGCAUCGCCGAACAAACAGGCGCCAACGCAGUCUCUGCAGCCAUAAACCAGCAAACACCACAGACAAUCCUCUCCGCCGAGUCCUUCUACAACGCCGCCGUGGUCCUGCAGGCCAUCGGCGGCUCCACCAAUGCAAUGGUCCACCUAAUGGCCAUAAUCAACCGCCACCCAGGCAUCAAAAAGGACACCAUCAGCCUAAAAACCCUCGACGCCAUCGGCCACCAAACACCCCUCCUCGUCGACCUCAAACCAAGCGGCGACAACUACAUGACCGACUUCCACAACGCCGGCGGCAUGCCCGCCCUGCUUAACCGUCUCAAACCACUCCUCCACCUCGACGCAAAGACCAUCACCGGCAAAACCCUCGGCCAGCUCCUAGACCAGCUCCAUCCACCCUCAAACUUCACCUUCGACUACUCAACAAAGGUCAUCCGCCCCCUCUCCAACCCCCUGCACCCAAACUCCUCCCUAGUCGUCGUAUCCGGCAACAUCGCCCCGAACGGCGCCGUGCUCAAAGCCUCCGCAUCCAAGAACCGCGCUCUGCUAACCCACACCGGCCCAGCCCUCGUCUUCGAAAACCCAGCUGAUCUCGCCGCGCGUCUCGACGACCCAGAUCUGGAUGUAACGCCCGACACCGUCCUCGUCCUCAAGGGUAUCGGGCCCAUUGGAUCUGGGAGAGGGAACCCCGGAAUGCCGGAAGCAGGCAUGAUCCCGAUUCCGCGCAAGCUUGCCGCGCGGGGGGUUGUGGAUAUGUUGAGGAUCUCGGAUGGGAGGAUGUCGGGGACGGCGGGGGGCACGAUUAUCCUGCAUGUGUCGCCUGAGUCGGCGGUUCCGGAGUCGGUGUUUGGGGUUGUGAGGACGGGGGAUGUGAUUGUGUUUGAUGCCCGGGAGAGGGUUUUGCGGGUUGAUGUUGAUGAGCGGGAGUUGGAGAGGAGGGUUGAGGAGAGGAAGAGGGGGAUGGGGGAAAGGAAAGAGUCGAAUUUGAGUCUGGCGGCGACGAGGAGGGGGUACUGGGGGCUGUAUGUGCGGGAGGUGAACCAGGCGCAUGAGGGCGCGGACUUCAAGUUUCUUACGGCUGAGGGACCGAUGGCUGAGUAG